AUGGCGUUGAGAUGCUUCCUGCAUCCUUGGCAGUGGAUGCUGUGGCUGCUGCUUGUCUCUUACUGCCGCGCAUUCUACAUCCCCGGCUACUCGAUUAAUCGGUAUAACGACGGCGACAGCAUUCCACUCCUCGUGAACAAGAUUUUCUCCGACUUUACGCAGCUGCAAUAUGCCUACUUCGAUCUCCCUUUCGUCUGUCCCCCGAGUGGGCGCACUCACGGCGGCUCCCCCUUCGGCUCUGGACAGAGUCUCUCGUUGAACCUGGGCGAAAUUUUACGCGGAGACCGGAUUAUGACGUCUGACUUCGAACUGGAAAUGGGCAAAAACGUCGAAUGCCAACCGCUCUGCACCCAGGAAGUCGGACGGAAAGACGUCCAAUGGGGCCGUGAGCUUAUCAAGGAUGGAUAUGUCGCGGAAUGGAUAGUGGACAACUUGCCUGGAGCUACGAGCUUUGUUACUGUCGAUCGGAGUCGCAAGUACUAUUCCACCGGGUUUAAACUUGGGUACCAGGAGAUUUCGCCUGAGGAUGGGAAGCGCAGAUAUUUCCUGAAUAACCAUGUUACUAUUGUGAUCCGUUGGAGACAGGCUCCUGAUGGGCAGGGGAAAGUUAUUGUUGGGUUCGAGGUGUAUCCGAAGAGUAUCACGGCUGCCGAUCAUGAGGAGGGUGGGUGUCCGAAGCAAGUCCAUGAUUCACACGCCGGAUUCGAAUUGAAUAUUCCGCCAAACCUGGAGAAAUUGAAGGCGAAGUAUCCCGGAUCGUCGUAUCUUCCCGAAUACGAUGAAGAUUUGGAAGACGGUGCGACGCUGAAGAUUCCUUAUACCUACUCGGUCUACUUCAGGGAAGAGAACGGCGUCGACUGGAACAAUCGGUGGGAGCUCUAUUUCAACAACCAGGAAGAAGGCUCGACAACCCAUUGGCUGGCCAUUCUCAACUCGUUGACUAUCUCUGGUGUCCUUGGUGUUGCGGUGUAUGUGAUUUGGAGUCGGACCAUCCAGGGCGAUAUCAAGGGCCGUGGAGAUGGUGCAAUGGACGACACGAAGAUCAAACUUGGUAGUUCCAAGGGCAAACAGGGCGAAGGAGUGUUGGAGCAAGGAGCGGAUGUUGAACGAGACGCUGAUGCUGGUUCUGAUGAUGACGAAUCUAUCGAGGAUGUGAGCGGGUGGAAACUCCUUCAUGGGGAUGUUUUCCGUGUGCCGGAGUACAGUGGACUGCUUGCACCUCUCGUUGGAUCUGGAAUGCAGCUUUUCUUUGUGAUCUCGGGAUUGCUUAUUCUAAGCUGUCUGGGUAUCUUGAACCCUAGCUUCCGGGGUGGAUUUGUCAGUGUCGGUAUGGGUUUGUUUGUGUUCGCGGGUCUCUUCUCCGGAUACUUUUCUGGCAGACUGUACAAAACGUUUGGCGGUUCGAACUGGCGCAGGAACACUUUGAUUACUGCGCUUCUCUUCCCGGGGUUGGCCUUUUCCCUCAUCUUCAUUCUAAAUCUGUUCACCUGGGCUCAAGCAUCAAGCACAGCCAUUCCAUUCGGCACACUAGUCAGCCUAGUCGCCCUGUGGCUCCUCAUUCAGGUCCCAUUAGUAUACCUCGGCAACUGGCUAGGCUAUGUCCGCGCCUCAGUCUGGGAACACCCAACCAAAACCACCUCAAUCGCGCGCCAAGUCCCCAUCCAACCCUGGUACCUGCGCAGUGUCUCUGGUACCCUCCUAACAGGCCUAAUUCCCUUCGCCGUCCUCUUCAUCGAGCUCCUCUUCCUCUUCCGCAACCUCUGGCAAGACAAAUCCGGCUACUACUACGUCUUCGGCUUCCUAAGCUCCGUCUCCCUCAUCCUCCUGGUCACAGUUGCCGAAGUAACCAUCAUCGCCACGUAUUCCCAGCUCUGUGCUGAAAACCACCACUGGUGGUGGCAGAGUUUCUUGACCGGAGGUAGUAGUGCGUUCUGGAUCUUUGCGUACUGCAUCUGGUAUUACAUGUUCAAGUUGAAUGUAACAGGGUUCGUGUCUGGGUUGUUGUUUUUCAGUUAUAGUUUCUUGGCGUGUGCGGUUUAUGGGCUGUUGACGGGGACUGUUGGGUUUUUGACGGCUUAUGCUUUUGUUAAGAGGAUAUAUAGGUAA